AUGGGGAACAUUUAUGUGGCACAUUUGGUGGUGGUGGUGGUGUUUUGCCUGGGGGUGGUUUUACCUUGUUUGUGUCAAGGUGUUUCAGACGAUGAUACUGCUGUGUAUGUUGUUACCCUGAGACAUACUCCUGUUUCUCAUUACUAUGCUGAGCUGAGAAGAGAGGUUAAUGGCUUCAAAGAUGCUGCUCCUGCUCCUGGGAGAACUCAAUUUAACAAACCAAGAAGGUAUCUUCUCACCUCACCUGAACACCAGCUUGGUUUGAAUCUGUGGGGCUGGGGAUGUUUAACUUUUCCCUUUCUUUAUUUGGUCCCAAAAUCAUUUAGGCUUCUUGUGGAAGCUGUGUUUUUUUGGUAUGACAAUAUUACGAAAACGGAUAAGAGAUAUGGCUCAUACAUUUCCCGAGUUCAUGAUUCUCUGUUGAAGAAAGUGUUAAACGGAGAGAAAUAUCUGAAGGUCUAUAGCUAUCAUUAUCUGAUAAAUGGAUUCGCUGUACUGGUUACCCAGAAACAGGCAGAGAAACUAUCAAGGAGCAGUUUAGUGUCCAAUGUGAUUUUGGAUUUUUCUGUAAGAAAAGCGACUACACAUACGCCACAGUUUUUGGGUCUGCCACAGGGAGCAUGGUUUCAAGAUGGUGGGUUUGAAGCUGCUGGAGAAGGUGUUGUUAUUGGGUUUGUUGACACUGGCAUAGAUCCAACACAUCCUAGUUUUGGUGAUAGUAAAUCUGAUCAUCCAUAUCCUGUUCCUCCUCAUUUUUCUGGCAUCUGUGAGGUUACUCGCGACUUUCCAUCUGGUUCUUGCAAUAGGAAGCUUGUUGGGGCCCGUCACUUUGCAGCUUCUGCCAUAACCAGGGGAAUAUUUAAUUCAACUCAGGACUAUGCUUCUCCCUUCGAUGGCGAUGGCCAUGGCACGCAUACAGCAGCAGUUGCAGCAGGAAACCAUGGGAUUCCAGUGAUUGUUGCUGGACAUCACUUUGGGAAUGCUAGUGGGAUGGCUCCUCGUUCACACAUUGCUGUUUACAAGGCAUUAUACAAGAGCUUUGGGGGAUUUGCUGCAGAUGUAGUUGCAGCAAUUGACCAGGCAGCUCAGGAUGGGGUUGACAUAAUAAGCUUGUCCAUUACUCCUAACAGACGUCCUCCCGGUGUUGCAACUUUCUUCAAUCCGAUAGACAUGGCUUUGCUGUCGGCUGUGAAGGCCGGUAUUUUUGUUGUGCAAGCGGCAGGAAAUACUGGACCAUCACUAACAAGCAUGUUCUCCUUCAGUCCAUGGAUCUUUACUGUUGGUGCCGCCUCUCAUGACCGAGUUUAUAGCAACUCCAUAUUUCUAGGCAAUAAUGUGACUAUACCUGGUGUUGGUCUUGCACCUGGCACAGAUGAAAGCAAACUUUAUAAACUGAUUCAUGCACAUCAUGCAUUGAGCAACGACACAUCGGUUGCUGAUGAUAUGUAUGUUGGUGAGUGCCAAGACGCAAAUAAGUUUGACAAGGAUUUGAUCAAGGGAAACCUCUUGAUGUGCAGCUAUUCAAUUCGAUUUGUGCUGGGACUCUCCACCAUCAAACGGGCCUCAGAAACAGCCAAAAAUCUUAGUGCAGCUGGUGUUGUCUUCUAUAUGGAUCCCUAUGUGAUUGGUUUUCAGCUUAACCCUGUUCCAAUGAAAAUGCCAGGCGUCAUAAUUGGUUCUGCCAAUGAUUCAAAGAUUUUAAUGCAAUACUACAAUUCUUCGUUGGAAAUGGAUGCAGUUUCAAAGAAGAUAGUUAAAUUUGGGGCUGUUGCAAGGAUAUGUGGCGGACUAAAGGCGAACUAUGGCAGUGUUGCCCCCAAGGUUAUGUAUUACUCUGCCAGAGGACCAGAUCCAGAGGACAGUUUUCCUCAUGAAGCAGACAUUUUGAAACCCAACUUGUUAGCUCCUGGAAGUUUUAUAUGGGCUGCUUGGAGUUCUGUUGGCACCGAAUCCGCUGAAUUCCUAGGUGAAAAUUUUGCAUUGAUGUCUGGCACAAGCAUGGCUGCUCCUCAUGUUGCUGGUCUUGCUGCACUAAUUAGGCAAAAGUUCCCCAAUUUCAGUCCUGCAGCCAUUGGAUCUGCACUUUCCACUACAGCUUCUCUGUAUGACAAGAGUGGUGGGGCAAUAAUGGCUCAGCGAUCAUAUCCCUCUCCUGAACUGAACGAAUCUCCAGCAACUCCUUUUGACAUGGGAAGUGGUUUCGUGAAUGCAAGUGGAGCACUGAAUCCGGGUUUGAUUUUUCAUUCCGGUUAUGAUGAUUAUAUGUCAUUUCUAUGUGGUAUCAAUGGUUCAUUUCCUGUGGUGCUAAACUACACUGGUCAAAAUUGUGGACUCUAUAAUUCCACUGUUUAUGGUCCUGAUCUGAACCUGCCCUCAAUCACUAUGUCAAAGCUGAACCAAUCUAGAAUAGUGCAGAGGACAGUCAAAAACAUUGCCCAAAAUGAAUCAUACAGUGUUGGUUGGACUGCUCCUUCUGGGGUUUCAGUGAAAGUGUCUCCAACUCACUUCUGUAUAGGCAGUGGUGAGAGCCAAGUCUUGUCUGUGUUAUUGAAUGCAACCGUUAACAGCUCUGUUGCCAGCUUUGGGAGAAUUGGUCUGUUUGGUAAUCAAGGUCAUGUGGUCAACAUUCCUAUUUCGAUCAUGGUUAAAAUCUCAUCUAACACCACUACAAGCUAA